AUGAAUACAUCCGACCCAUCGGCGACGUCUCCGGCGGGCCCUAGCAACGUCGGGCAAGUCAAAGAGACAGGCUCUCAGUUGUCUCGCUCGUCAACCCAUGCAGAUUCAGGCCUGUCAUCAUCUGCCGGCAGCGGCGGGUCCCGCUCGAGCCUCGGGUCCCGAAAGCGUGGCAGGAACCAGCAGACCCAGCAAGCGCAUUUCAGCGAAUCCACUAACCUCUUCAAUGCGCCUGGCUCCGCGACACGCAACUAUCAAGCCACGGAGACGCCGGCACCUCCAUAUGGACUACGUGACCAACCUAUGAAUGCUACGACGGACCACUCAGCACCGAGCAAUGGCAUGAAUCAAGCUAAUGGCAGUUGCAACUGCAACUGCAACGCCCAGAACCAGCCGCCUCAGACGUCAAAUGAGCCAUCACAGUCCUGGAAAAGCCGUUUCAUAGAUAGAUUCGGCGCCUUGGAAUUAGAGAACAAGGGCAGUGUUGCUCGUGACCACCUGGCACUAGAACGAACGUUCCUAGCCUGGAUGCGCACAUCUCUCGCCUUCGCCUCAAUAGGCAUAGCAGUGACCCAACUCUUCCGUCUGAACAGCGCAAAUGAAACAACACAGACAAAAUCACUCCACGCUCUCACCAACCCACCAUCCGUGCUCGCCCACUCAUCCUACGGCAUCCUCGACACGGUAACCACUCCCUCAUCCCAGAGUUCCUCCCGCCUCCGUAGCGUUGGAAAACCCCUCGGUUCAACCUUUAUUGGCGUCUCUAUUCUCAUUCUGAUCGUCGGCUUUCACCGCUACUUCGAGAGCCAGUACUGGAUCGUUCGCGGCAAAUUCCCGGCUAGUCGGGGCAGUGUUGCUCUAACGGCUUUUCUCGCGGCUUCGCUGAUUAUCGCGGCGCUUGCAGUGAUAUUGGCGGUCUCACCGAGUGCUAUUGAGAGCUAG